AUGAUGAAAGCACGCGGAGGAGGUGUGGACGAAGCUGAGGAUGAUCUAGAGGGGAAGAAGGCGUCGAAAGCUGCUCUCACUUCUAUGCCGUAUCAAUGUCAGGAGCUGAUUCUGUAUGGGAGUGUGUUUGCAGACAAUUUACCGGAUUUGGAAAGGCGUUUGACUGGACUCUGUGAUCCCGGAUCAACCGAAUUCCACGAGCACGAUCUCUCGUUCAGCCUGCGGACGGGAACAGACCCCGAUGUUACGAUAAGGCUUCGUCGUCGCUUCAAUGUCGACUCAUUCAACAGCCACCAGUGGCAGUUUCGAUAUAUUGGAGGGCCGGAACCUGACCAAAAGUGCCCUGUGAUCGUUCGGAAAGUGAUUGACUCAAUCGCAUACUCCCAUUUGAUGAUGGAUUUCGUUAAGACACUAGGAUUACGCAUGGACUAUGAGUACAUUGCGAAGGGUACCGUGUGGACAAAUGGAAAAAUGAAAGUUGUUAUCAGUCAGAUUCAGAAAACCGAGAAGGCUGGGUAUUAUGAUCAAAGCAACCUGAAGCGAUUCUCUGACUCCUAUCUUGUGGAAAUGAGUGUUUGUUUGCCUGAUUCUGCUGAAUACACUGCUGCUGCUAAGCAGUUAAGAGACUUCGCCGACCAGUUACUUCCCCUUGUCGAAAUGGAAAAAGUCGACUACUGGAGAAAAUGA